CCCCGCUCGGGUUCGGCUCCCUGGAGCCGAGCCGGCGUGCUGAGGUGCGGUGGCGCUUUCCGCGCUCCUGCUCUUCCCGGCGCAGUUAGGGUCGUGCUUUGCGCUCGUGGUCGCUGCUCCCGCCGACUCCUUCUGUCCUCUUUCUUCCCUGGGGCCGGUAGGUGCGGGGCUCAGAUCCAGCAGCAGACUCACAUGAGCUUCUCAGGUGUUGCCUAAUGGAAUUGCUUGGACUUCUACCACUCUAAAAGAAGAGAUUUUUAUUCUACACGGUCAGCUAUGAGGGACUGCCCACUCAUUGUUCUUGCAUCGUGAUCACUGGCUUUGUGAAACAGCCUUAGCAGAGCUUACUUUCUCACUUGAUUUUUGGAAACUGGAGAUUAUUUCUACAGUACUAGAGGUCACACUUCAAGUCUGAAGAAGGGAAGGCUCAGGGGAGACCAUAUAGCAGUAUACAACUACCUGAAAGGAGGAAUUUCUAUGGGAUGCAGAUCAUGCUACUGGAAUGCAUUUGGGUAAAGGAUGUGUUCUGCAUUUCUCUCAGGAGUCUUCCAAUACAUUUGCUUAAUUACCUUUUAAUGACAUUCUAAGUGAGCUGAUGUGAAAUAAAUGACCUUGAAUCAUGAGUGAAGAAAAAAACUUUGGUGUAUCCCAGAAAAUGUUGUCUCCUUCAAGAAGCACUAGCAGCUGCUCCUCUAAGCAGGGAAGUCGACAGCAGGACAGCUGGGAAAUUGUAGAAGGACUCCGGGGAGCAAUGAAUUGUACCCAGGAACCACAGAAACAGGAAGGCUGCUUGCUGAAAAAAAGAAAAUGGCCUUUGAAGGGCUGGCACAAGAGAUACUUCUUUUUGGACAGAGGGAUUUUGAAGUAUUCUAAAUGCCAAGCUGAUAUAGAGAGAGGGAAACUUCAUGGCUGUAUUGAUGUUGGACUUUCUGUCAUGUCUGUAAAGAAAUCAACAAAAUGUAUAGACUUAGAUACGGAAGAGCAGAUAUAUCAUCUGAAGGUGAAAUCUCAGGAGCUGUUUGAUGAGUGGGUGGCAAAGCUUCGUCAUCACAGGAUGUAUCGUCAGAAUGAAAUCUCCAUGUUUCCUCAUGACGUCAAUAAUCUUUUCUUCCCAGUAUCUACUACUGUGGAUUCUGGCCCUGGUCUGUGUGAUUUGACUCCAAGUAGAAAGGCAGGAAGCUUGACCAAACAAAACUCGCUGUCAGCUGGUGGUAACUUGUCAUUCUCCUUUUCGAGUAAUGAGUCCAGGAUUCCAUCUUGGCUGCAGUCUUCUGAAGACAUGGAAAAAUGCUCAAGAGAUCUCUCCACUUGUCAUGCAUAUUUACUGGAAAUGAACCAGCUGUUACAGAGCAUGGAUGUCCUUCACAGGACCUAUUCAGCGCCUGCUAUAAAUGCUAUGCAGGUUGGACCUUUUGAAAGCCCAAAGAAGGAAAAGAGAACGCAUAGGAGGUGGCGAUCUAGAGUUGUUGGGAAAGAAGCUAAGGGAACAUUACAGGUGCCUUCAGUAUUUUCUGCCCCUAUGAGACUGCAUGCUUCCAAUCCUAACUUAUCUACAAUAGAUUUUGUAGAAGAGAAAAACUAUUCUGAUGGCUCUGAAACAUCAUCAGAAUUUACUAAAAUGCAGGAGGACUUAUUUCAUAUUGCACAUAAAGUGUACUUCACCUUGAAGUCAGCUUUCAGCAGCAUAUCUACAGAGAGGGAAAAGCUGAAGCAGAUGCUAGAGCAUGAGGCAUCAUCAUCUCCAUCUGCACAAAUAGUUGGCUUGAAGAAUGCCUUAACGUCUGCAAUAGCACAAAACACAGAUCUAAAAGACCGGUUACGCAGAAUACAUGCCGAAUCUAUGAUCCUUGAUUCAGCAUCUAAUGCAAAAUCAAGUCCAGAUUUGGUGAAGGAGAACUCAAGAGAAGAAAACAGAGGUCUGGUUCACCAGAUCUCCAAUGAAAGCAGACUGUCUAUUGCUGACUCUCUUACAGAAUUUUUUGAUGCACAGGAAGUCCUACUGUCCGCUAGUUCUUCAGAAAAUGAGGUAUCAGAUGAUGAUUCAUACGUAAGUGAUAUCAGUGACAAUGUCUCAGAAGAUAACCUAAGCAAUGACAUAGAGAAUGAAAGACAAACUUUAGACUGUAUUUCUGAAAGUGGAAUUGGAUGUCAUUCUAAAAGGAGAACAUGUUUACCAGCUCCAUGUCCCAAUACUAGUAACAUCAGCCUAUGGAAUAUCUUAAGAAACAACAUAGGAAAGGAUCUCUCCAAAGUGGCCAUGCCUGUGGAAUUGAAUGAGCCACUUAACACCCUUCAGCGUCUCUGCGAGGAGCUGGAAUACAGUGAGCUACUAGAUAAAGCAGCUCAUACACCUAACCCAUUUGAACGGAUGGUAUAUAUAGCUGCGUUUGCAGUAUCUGCAUAUGCAUCCAGUUACUACCGAGCUGGAAGCAAGCCAUUUAAUCCUGUUCUUGGAGAAACCUAUGAAUGUAUUCGUGAAGAUAAGGGUUUCCAGUUCUUUGCAGAACAGGUCAGUCACCAUCCACCUAUUUCUGCAUGCCAUGCUGAAUCUGUGAAUUUUGCUUUUUGGCAAGAUGUAAGAUGGAAAAACAAAUUCUGGGGAAAGUCCAUGGAAAUUGUUCCCAUUGGUACAACACAUGUAACUCUUCCAGCUUUUAGAGACCAUUUUGCAUGGAACAAGGUGACAUCUUGCAUCCAUAACAUCUUAAGUGGGCAAAGAUGGAUUGAACACUAUGGAGAGAUCAUCAUCAAAAAUCUUAAUGACGACACUUGUUACUGCAAAUUGACUUUCAUAAAGGCAAAGUAUUGGAAUCCAAAUGCACAUGAGAUCGAAGGCAGCGUCAUGGAUAAAACUGGGAAUGUUGUGCAUCGACUCUUUGGGAAGUGGCAUGAAAGUCUGUACUGUGGGACAACUUCAUCUCCAAAUUGCAUAUGGAGAGCAAAUCCAAUGCCUAAAGACUAUGAACAGUGGUAUGGAUUUACUCAGUUUGCAUUGGAGUUAAAUGAACUGGACCUGCAAACAAGGUCACUGCUCCCAUCCACUGACACACGCUUUAGACCAGACCAAAGGCUUCUAGAAGAAGGGAAUAUUGAAGCAGCUGAAAUGCAAAAACAGAGAAUUGAGCAGCUACAGAGAGAACGACGAAAGGUGCUGGAAGAAAACAAUCUAGAGCAUCAGCCUAGAUUUUUCAGGAAAUCCAAAGAUGACUCCUGGGUGAGCAAUGGAACCUACAUGGACCUUAGAAAAGAACCGGGUUUUUCCAAACUGGACAAUCCUGUCCUCUGGUGAAAGAGGAGCCAAGUGAAGAUAUUCCAUGCUGUAUUCCUGGAUCUGAUUUUUAAAAAGUAUAUAUAUAUAUAUAUACUUUUGUAUGUGUAUAUAUAUAUACACACAUAUAUUAUAUGUGUGUGGAGUGUGUAUGUGUGCAAGUGUGCAUAUCUUCAGAACUGUGCUUAAUUUAGAAUCUGAUAAUUCAUUUGUUUUCUCUACUCUGUUUCAAUGAUUGUUUGAAUGUACAAAUACCCUAACUUCUUUUUGUAAAAUAUUUAAUAAAUAGCACUGAAUGAACAAGUAGAGGGAAAAGAGGAGCUUUUACACUACUUUCCCAAUGUGUAGUAAUGUCAGUUAAGAGUUAACUUAUGCCUUAUCGAGUUGCAUUGAAGACAGUAGCAUCAGCGUCUCCUAGCUGUGCUGAGAAACGAGCGUUAAGCCUUAUGACUCCAACUGUAAGUAGGCUUCCACAGUUCAGUGGGUAAUUCAGCUGUCUAUGGACUGGUCUAAAUUGCUAAAACAGAUUAUCAGCUGGUGCUGAAACCUGAGUACAAUCUUUUGCUGCUUGUGGAAAAGAUUUAAAUAAGCUUUUCUUUCUAUUAGCUUUCUUACUAGCAUUAUUGGAAGGGGGAGUUCUGCAGUUAAAUCAGUGAAUCAAGUCAUAAAUAUAAGCUGUACCUGGCUAAAAGUAGUUCUAGAAAAUCAGGAAUCGCCAAAAUUUUCCACUGAGAAUCUUCAGAUUUAUAGUUGCCAACAGGGCACGAGGAGAUCUUUUGUAUAUAAUGUUUGAGCACUGUCUAAAUGAAGCAGCUCUCUUUCUGCAGGAAGUAGUAUGUAUACAGAGCACGAAAUCGUGUGCUUCCGUAGCUUCAUUUGUUUUUAUUAACCUAAAAACUGCAACAGUAAAACUUUUUAAAAAGUAAGCAAACUAACUGAUUGUUUUAAGCUGGAAAUUUUUUCUUAGUAUUUUGAUAUUUUCUACCUCUUAAGAAAUAAAUGACAUAUUUAAGAUCUUAUAUUUAAAAAAUGACCAUCUGCCUUAUGGAGAAAUGUAUGGAAUCUUUGAUCUUCCUCUGUUUGUUUGUUAUAUUCAGAUAAACGUUCAAGUGUCUUGCACUAAAUCAGUUGCAUCUCUUUCCUGUAAUUUUAUACAUUCAGAUAGAUUUGCGAAAGCACUAAGUCACUGAUUAAAAUAUAACAGGAAAAAAAUGUAGCAGAAGUCUUGCUUUGAGUCAAGAUUAUAGUAAUGGGCAGUAUCUUCUUUUCCAUGAAAUCACAAUGCUUUGUUCAUUAACAGAAUAAUUUGCAUUCCAACCUAUCUGCAGUUCAAGCCUGACUCAUGAUUCUUCAAAUCUGUUCUGUGUAUCUGUGACUCUCUGUCAUCAACACGGAUUUCAGGUGCAGAUCAAUGUCCACCACCACUCUUUUUUCUUACAUACCAUUUCAAAAAAAAUAAACCCUGUCUGUGUUAAACAUUGUUAACGUGAACUAUGACUGGAACAUAUGGACAGUGCAUGGGUAAGAGUGAUUCUUAGAAGGACAAGUAGCUUAGAAGAGCUUACAGCUUACUGUGUGCUGCUUUGUUCUAAAGAAAACCCAUCAAAAUUGAUCAAUAUAAUACUUGUAACAUGAAGUAAAUACUAUGAAAACUUCCAUUUUAAACCAAAUCUGUGGUAUCAAUUUAGAUGUAUAUUUAAGUUUUGCUUUCUGCUACCUUGAAGCUUCACUGUGUCCCAGGCAGAUAAAUGUUUUCUCACUGUUAGUCACUUUGCCCAGGAACUCUGGGCUCACUAUCAUUUCUGUAACUUAUCACCAAAAAUGUUAGUAUAUUUUCUUAUACUUAAUGUGUCUUUUAAAAACUCAGCUAGCACUCCAGCAGCUUGCAACAAGGCAUGUUUCAAGUCAGCAUGAAAACAAAAUCUGGGCUUUUAUUCAGAAGGGAAUCUUAACCUUUGGAAGCUGUUUGGCUUAUCAAGGAAAAUGAAGAUCUCUUCAUGACUUGAAUCUUUCUUGUUUUAUUCUUGUAUUAUCAAAACUUGACACAGAAGUGAGUGGAUAUUUGUAAUUAUUCUUGUUGUUUGCAAUUACCAUCUAUAACUAAUAAUUACAUGCAUUUAACAACAAAGGAUGGUAAGAGAAAGGAGUGUAAAAAUGCUUUUGAGAAAAGGAGUAACAUUUGUGAUGGAUGCAUUGAACUUCUGUUCAAUUUGGCAGCUGUUGUGAUUAUUGUCUGAUCUGAUUGCUGGUUUGCAUUUUCUGUGAAUGGAGUGGAUUUCCCCAUACUUUGUCAUAUGAACUAAUAGUUAAUAGCAUUCAAAUAAAGGGGCUAGGGACAAAGUUAACGAACUGUAAUGCAUUAAAGUCUGUGGGUGUUAAACAAAA